AUGGCCGGCAAUGUGAAGAAGAACGCGGGGCCCGGGGGCGGCGGCGGCUCCGGGGGCUCGGGCCCGGGCGGUCUGAUCGGGCUCAUGAAGGACGCCUUCCAGCCGCACCACCACCACCACCUCGGCCCCCACCCGCCGAGCGCCGUGGACAAGAAGAUGGUGGAGAAAUGCUGGAAGCUCAUGGACAAGGUGGUGCGGCUGUGCCAGAGCCCGAAGCUGGCGCUCAAGAACAGCCCGCCCUACAUCCUAGACCUGCUGCCGGACACCUACCAGCACCUGCGCACUGUCCUGGCGAGAUACGAGGGGAAGAUGGAGACGCUCGGAGAAAAUGAGUAUUUUAGGGUGUUCAUGGAGAAUUUGAUGAAGAAAACCAAGCAGACCAUAAGCCUCUUCAAGGAGGGUAAAGAAAGAAUGUACGAGGAAAAUUCUCAGCCGAGGCGGAACCUGACCAAGCUGUCGCUCAUCUUCAGCCACAUGCUGGCCGAGCUGAAGGGCAUCUUCCCCAGCGGCCUGUUCCAGGGCGACGCGUUCCGCAUCACCAAGGCCGACGCCGCCGAGUUCUGGAGGAGAGCCUUUGGGGAAAAGACGAUAGUCCCUUGGAAGAGCUUCCGACAGGCCCUCCAUGACGUGCAUCCCAUUAGUUCUGGGCUAGAGGCCAUGGCUCUGAAGUCCACGAUCGAUCUGACCUGCAAUGAUUAUAUUUCAGUUUUUGAAUUCGACAUCUUCACACGGCUCUUUCAGCCCUGGUCCUCGCUGCUCAGGAACUGGAACAGUCUCGCUGUCACGCACCCUGGCUAUAUGGCGUUCCUGACAUAUGACGAAGUGAAAGCUCGGCUCCAGAAGUUCAUUCACAAGCCUGGCAGUUACAUAUUCCGGCUGAGCUGUACUCGUCUGGGUCAGUGGGCUAUUGGGUAUGUCACCGCUGAUGGGAACAUUCUCCAGACAAUCCCUCACAAUAAACCUCUCUUCCAAGCUCUGAUUGACGGCUUCCGGGAAGGCUUCUACUUGUUUCCUGAUGGGCGGAAUCAGAAUCCCGACCUGACAGGCCUGUGUGAGCCGACGCCCCAAGACCACAUCAAAGUGACGCAGGAACAAUAUGAAUUAUACUGUGAGAUGGGCUCCACAUUCCAACUGUGUAAAAUAUGUGCCGAGAAUGAUAAGGAUGUGAAGAUCGAGCCCUGUGGACACCUCAUGUGCACUUCCUGUCUGACAUCCUGGCAGGAGUCAGAAGGCCAGGGCUGUCCUUUCUGCCGGUGUGAAAUUAAAGGGACGGAGCCCAUUGUGGUAGACCCGUUUGAUCCGAGAGGAAGUGGCAGCCUAUCAAGGCAAGGAGCAGAGGGAGUUUCUUCCCCAAAUUAUGACGACGAUGAUGAUGAACGAGCUGAUGAUUCUCUCUUUAUGAUGAAGGAAUUAGCUGGUGCCAAGGUGGAGCGGCCCCCCUCUCCGUUCUCCUUGGUUCCACAGGCACCCCUGCCGCCCGUGCCACCGCGACUGGACCUGCUGCAGCAGCGCGCCAGCGCCCCCUCGGGGCCGGGCCUGGGAGCGGCGCCCAAGGCUGUGGCCGGUGCCCUGCACAAGGACAAGCCACUUCCGGCGCCCCCCGCCCUCAGAGAUCUCCCCCCGCCACCCCCUCCGGAUCGGCCUCACUCCGGGGGAGCCGAGGCCCGGCCGCAGAGACGCCCCUUGCCCUGUACUCCCGGGGACAAACCGCCUCCGGUCCCCGCCAGCCGCCUGGGCGAGUCCUGGCUGCCUCGGCCAAUCCCCAGAGUGCCCGUCGUCACCCCAAGCCUUGGGGAGCCCUGGACAGGACGGGAACUGACCAACCGGCACUCCCUGCCCUUUUCGCUGCCCUCCCAAACGGAGCCCAGAGCAGACGGGCCUCGGCCCGGGAGCGCCUUCAGUCUGGGCGCCGCCGCGAAUAUGAAUAGCAGCCCAUUAGCAGGUCCAGAGAGUGAGCACCCCAAAAUCAAACCUUCCGCAUCGGCCAAUGCCAUUUAUUCCCUGGCUGCCAGGCCCCUGCCUGUGCCCACGCCGCCCGGGCCCCAGCACCAGAGCGAGGGCGACCCUGAGUACAUGACGCCCUCCUCCCGGCCUGCCAGCCUCCCGCCGCCUGAGGGCAGGCAGCUCCCUGAGGACGCCCCCCCGAGCCUACGGGCGGGCGGCGACGCGCAGGCGGACGGCAGCACCUAUGAGGCCAUGUACACCCUGCAGCCCCUGGGCGCGCCGGCCGGCGCAGAGGGCAGCUCCGUCGGCGAGGGGGACGCGGCUGCAGCCGCUGCUGGCGUCGGCCCCGAGGAACCGGAGAACGAGGACGAGGGCUACGACGUCCCCAAGCCGCCCGUGCCCACAGCGCUGGCCCGCCGGACGCUCUCCGACAUCUCCAACGCCAGCUCCUCCUUCGGCUGGCUGUCCCUGCAAGGCGAGCCCGCAAACUUCACGGAGGGUUCCCCAGUUCCCGAGAGACCCCCCAAGCCGUUCCCUCGGAGAAUCAACUCUGAGCGCAAGGCAGGGCCGGGCCAGCCGGCUGCCCCUGCGGCCGCCUCGCCGCAGCUGUCCAGCGAGAUCGAGAGCCUGCUGAGCCAGGGCUACUCCCACCAGGACAUCCAGAAGGCCCUGCUCAUCGCCCACAACAACAUCGACAUGGCCAAGAGCAUCCUCCGCGAGUUCGUGUCCAUCUCCGCUCCCGCCCACGUGGCCACCUAG